AUGGCUCCCAAGAAGCCAGUCGUCGAGGAGAAGAUCCUUCUGGGCAGGCCCGGUAACAACCUGAAGAGUGGAAUUGUUGGCCUUGCAAACGUUGGAAAGUCCACCCUCUUCCAGGCCAUUACCAAGUGCAACCUGGGAAACCCGGCCAACUUCCCCUAUGCCACCAUCGACCCUGAGGAGGCACGUGUCAUCGUCCCCGAUGAGCGCUAUGAUUGGCUUUGCGAAAAGUACAACCCAAAGUCGCGCGUGCCUGCUAACCUCACGGUUUACGAUAUCGCCGGUCUGACGAGAGGUGCCUCGACUGGUGCCGGUCUCGGUAACGCCUUCUUGUCGCACAUCCGCGCCGUCGAUGCCAUCUUCCAGGUCGUUCGUUGCUUCGACGAUGCCGAGAUUAUCCACGUCGAGGGUGACGUCAACCCCACUCGUGACCUCGACAUCAUCAGCGACGAGCUGCGGUUGAAGGAUAUCGAGUUCACCGAGAAGGCCCUCGAGAACCAGAAGAAGAAGACUCGCUCUGGUGGCAAGGGCCUUGAGCACAAAAAGGCCAUGGAAGAGCAGGCUACCAUUGAGAAGAUUCUUCAGCACUUGAAGGACGGCAAUGAAGUCCGCAAGGGUACCUGGGGCCCCAAGGAGAUUGAGGUCAUUAACCCCUUGUUCCUGCUGACCGCUAAGCCGGUUGUGUACCUGGUCAAUCUGUCGGAGAAGGACUUCAUUCGUAAGAAGAACAAGUACCUUCCCAAUGUCGCCGAGUGGGUCAAGAAGAACGCUCAAGGCGACCCCAUCAUUCCCAUCUCCGUCUCUUUUGAGGAGCGCCUGACCCGCUAUGAGACUGAGGCCGAGUCCAAGGAGGAGCAGAAGAACGUUGGAGCUGAGUCCGCUCUGCCCAAGAUCGUUCUGCAGAUGCGCAAGGUUCUCAACCUUGGCAGCUUCUUCACCACCGGCACGGAUGAAGUCCGCCAGUGGACUCUCCGCAACGGCACAAAGGCGCCGCAGGCCGCCGGUGUCAUUCACACUGACUUUGAAAAGACCUUCAUUCAAGUCCUCGUCUACAACUUCACUACGCUUAAGGAGCUCGGCACUGAAGCCGAGGUCAAGGCCAAGGGUAAGGUUAUGACGAAGGGCAAGGACUACGUUGUGGAAGAUGGAGACAUCUUGCUCAUCAAGGCUGCGGUUCGUCCCCGGUCCUCGACCAAGGGUCCGCUCGACCUGGACGACACACCUCUGAAUGACCCAUUGUCGCCAAAAGCCGCCGUCACGGAAGACACGACGCAGCAACGCCCAAUAUCAGGUCAACGGUCGCCAGCCGUGCCUCACUCUCCAGCAACGCCCGUCAGGACAACCAUCACCAAGGAUUUUGGCUUCCUUCUGCGCCCCGAAAUUUACCACACCGUCAACCCGGUCAACGUCCCAGUUGCGUUUAGGAACUCAUCUAAACAGCCGCCAUCCGAUGCUCCGCUCGAGGAUUUACUGGCAAAGGGGCACUUCCGAGCCGCUGCCAUUGCAGCGGUUCAAGAGCUGACGGCCACAGGCAGCCCAGGGCGGCCUCAGGUCGAAACCUCGGACCACCAGAGAAUUUUCAGCUUGCUGUACACGCGGCUGGCAUGUCUGACGCUCAUCGACGCAACGGCGAUAGCGGCGCAGGAAGUAAGGGCGCUGGAAGAUCUCAACGCCGGUGUCUACAUUGACGAGUCCACCGGCGAACACCUGGUUCCGUGGGAGCUGCGGGUUCUCAACGUGCGUUUGCAGGCACUCGGAUUCAGCGACCCUCGCAGGUCCGUGAUGAGCUACCAUGACCUGGCGAGAGAGGCGCGCGAACAGAUCAGUAAGGCGACGACCCGUCACGACAACUCGGCGCGGGAGCUUUGGAAGGCUAGGCUGCAGGAUCUGGGCAUCAGCGUUGCUGGCGCGCUGGUCGAGAUGGAUGACCCUGCUGGUGCGGCACACCACCUGAGCACGCUGAAGGACCGCGGCGACGGCAAGAUGGCGCUCUCCCGGGCUCUCAUGUGGCUUCAACUAGGCGACGCGGACGCAGCACGGCGUUGCGUGCAACAUUCUGGGGAAGAUGGAAAGCAUGCCGAGCCAGUCGUGGCCGCGCUUUGUCAGAUGGCCGAUGGCGAGUACGACGCGGCACUUCAAUCCUGGAGAAAUCUGAAGGAAGAAGUUACGGACGAGAUGGUUGGCGUCAAUAUGGCGGUGUGUCUACUUUACACUGGCAAGUUGACGGAAGCACGAGCCAUUUUCGAGGAUAUGGUGGGGUCCGGCUACUCGUCGCACACCCUCCUUUUCAACCUGAGCACCACCUAUGAACUCUGCACUGAGCGAAAUCGGAAUCUCAAGGUAAGGCUUGUCGACAAAAUAGCUGAGCUAGACGAGACUCCAAGGGGCUGGGAAAAGAACAAUGCCGACUUCAAGCUAUAA